GAGGAAGAUGCUGCUGUCUGGAGGAGUCACGUGUCCGCCCGUUACCGGAGACUGGAUUACGGAGCCGCUUCGCUGUGUGCAGUGGCUGUACGAGGAGAGUGGGGCUCUUCCAGGCUGGAGCAGAAGGUGACAAACUAUUUCCAGGAGAAGAUACAGGAGAAGCAGUCAUGCUGGGUCCCCAGUCUGAACGAUGUCCCCCUGCACUACUUGAAACCAAACAGCCUGGUGCGUUUCCGCUGUAUGGUACAGGACAUGUUCGAUCCAGAGUAUUACAUGGGAGUCUAUGAGACCGUGAACCACAGCAACAAUGCAAGGGCUCUGCACCUUGGCAAAUACCGGGAUGUGGCGGAUUGUACGCCACAGCAGGAGGUGGACAUAAACUCCUCCCGGACAGUCGCUGCAGAACGGCAGACCUUCUACUGUGUGCCAGUUCCAGGAGAGUCUUCCUGGGUAAAAGAGAUAUCCUUUGCUAGUGCCUCACCAGUUUCCCCCUCCACUUCCUAUGUCCCCAACCGCCACAAACGCAGCUACGAUGAUGAUGAUGAACACACUGCUACCCCCAGAGAACAGCACACAGGUAAUGCCUCCCCCAACUUAGAUGUGAGUGGGCUGAAUAUUCCAAAAAGGCAGGAGAUGGAGUCACAGAAGAAGCUGCAGGAAAUUGCUCCAGUCAGCAGCUCUCCUUUGAACCUCAAUUUCCCUCUCCCUGAUGAGAAGGGACCAGCAUGUCUAGUAAAGGUGUAUGAGAACUGGGACAGUUUCAAAGUGAAUGAUGUUCUGGAGGUGUAUGGUGUGUUAUUGGUGGAGCCAACCCUAAGUACUAUAAAUGAGGACAGAGAUUCGCUCAGUGCGUGUUUGGACCCUGCAGACAGUAUGGACACUCUGGAGGAACAGCGAGUACACAGUCCUCCCACUUCUCUUGUGCCGCGAAUCCACGCCAUCAUUGUACAGAAAAUGCAUCAUAUUAACCCGCUAAUCCCAAACUCUGUCUGCGAGUCUGAUGAAAGUAAACAAUGUCUGGCCAGUUUCAUGGCAGAGCUGUCCUCUGUGCGAUCAGAGCUUUUAGGCUUUUUGACACACGCUAUGCUGGGGGACAGCCUCGCUGCUGAAUAUCUCAUCUUCCACCUCAUCUCCACAGUGUAUGCUCGCAGGGAUGUGCUGCCGCUGGGGAAGUUUUCUCUGAAUCUCAGUGGUUGCCCACGGAAUGGCAUCUUCACACAACAGUUGUAUCGUGUGGUGCAGCAGCUGGUGCCCGCAUCCUAUUAUCUCCCGAUGACCAUUGAAAACAUGAACAGCUUACGCUUUAUCCCCCAGAAGGAUUACACUGCCAACCGUCUGCUAAGUGGCAUCCUGCAGCUGUCCUCUAACACAUCACUAUUGGUGGAUGAAACGUUGCUGGAGCAAGGUCAGCUGGACACCACAGGUGUCCGUAAUGUCACUGCGCUGGGUAAUGUGAUCACCUGGCAGAAAGUGGACUACGAUUUUAGUUACCACCAGAUGGAAUUCCCCUGUAAUAUUAAUGUGCUCGUCACCUCAGAGGGCCGAUCGCUGCUUUCACCAGACUGUCAAGUUCACUUGAAGCCGCAGCUGAUGCCCCCCAAUAUAGAACAGUAUAUGGGGGCUUUGCUGUCUACCGUCCAACCAUCCUUGCUCAACAAGUUCCGUAUCUACCUAAGUCUUCUACGGCUGAUGGACUACAGCAUUUCUGAGGAUGUUACCAAGUCUGUCGAAGAUGAUUUUGUGGACAUGAGGAAGGACGAUCCACAAAGUAUGAGUGCCGAUGACCUGCACAGAUUGCUGCUUGUGGCUCGGUUGCUUUCACUCAGUUCUGGCCACAGAUCUCUUUCCCGGGAAAGGUGGCACAAAGCCAAACAGCUGGAGUCUCAAAGGAGAAGUCGUCUCCAAGAACAGAAACAUUUCAGCGGCAAUGAACUUUAA